GCCGAGCUGUCGCUGUCCCGCGUCCAGUUCCUCGUCUUCGACGAGGCCGACCGCCUCUUCGAGCUGGGCUUCGCGGAGCAGCUGCAGAAGAUCCUCGACGGCACGCCCGUCUCCAGGCAGUGCCUGCUCUUCUCCGCCACGCUGCCGUCGCAGCUGGUCUCCUUCUCGCGCGCAGGGGUCAAGAACCCGGUCUUCGUGCGGCUGGAUGUGGAGACGACGCUGAGCGAGUCGCUGGAGCUGUGGUUUCUGUACUGCCGCAAGGACGACAAGCUCGCCGCGGCAGUGUCCACGCUGCGCCGCAUGCACCAGAACGGGAAGUCGACCAUCAUGUUCGUCGCGACCCGCCACCACGUGGAGUUCUUCGGCGAGCUGCUGCAGCGGGUGGGCCUCAGCGUCGCGGUGGUCUACGGCGCGAUGGACCAGUUCGCGCGCGAG